AUGAAGAUGCAUGUGAAGGUGGACGAAAAAAAAAACAUCUUCAUUGCGUGUUUGACUACGGCAUUGGCACGUCUUAAAUUGUAUGCUGAAUUAGAAAAGCUAGAAGAACAAGUGUUGUAUUACGACACCGACUCUGUGAUUUAUAGCUGGAAACAAGACCAGCCUCACAUACCAACGGGUGUUUUCUUAGGUCAAAUGACAGAUGAAUUACAAGGAGAUACAAUUGUAGACUUUGGAUCAGCAGGGCCUAAAUCCUAUUGUUAUCUAACAGCGAGUGGUAAAUCUGAAUGCAAAAACAAAGGCAUCAAGAGUUGUUAUGAAAUCAACCAGGUGUUAAACUGUAACUCUAUAAUGAACCACAUUCAACAAGAACUCACAAACCCGUAG